AUGGCAGACAUGUCGGACUUUUUCGAUAAGCCACACUCUGAGACCAACGACCAACCGAUUAAAUACAAAGACAAACAACAAAUGAUGAUGACUCUUCAAUCCAAAAUGCAAUCAGUUUUGAUCAUGUUUCUUCUUAAAUACUGUGAUAUGACUGUUGGGCGUCCACACAGAAAAUGCUUUAAAACGGUCCAAUUUCUUAAAAUAAAACAACUCAGGUUCGGUAAUGACAUUCUUGACAUUCAGAAGUUUGUUCGUGUAAGAUGUCAAGAAAUGACCGUCCAAGAAAACUCACGAGGGAUUUCGCAGAAAACAGCUUUAAGACGGACCCAACUGUUGAAACGGCAAGAAGUCAUCCAUCUAAUGUCUGACUUACUUCUAAGCUUUAAUGUGUUUGUAGAAAUUGAGAAAGAAGAGGGAGAAGGGAUUGAUGGUAGACUCAAUGUUUUCAAAAAUGGCAUUUUACUAAUAACUCGCAGUAAAGUAGAGUACAUAGGAGCAGUCAUUAACCAGUACAUCUGCUCACUUUUAGAAAAUGGCAUCGCACAAGUCGAUAUAACGUUUAGUCAAUUAUUUAAUUAUUUAAAAGACAAGAUAGGGAAGGAUGUUGAUAUCUUUUUGUAA